UUUGCCAGUUGGUCGAAGCCGAUCUAUUCUACGUGGCCAUCGUAAAACCAGCGUUGCGCGGACGGGUUCGUGUGUGUGUAUUCGGGUAUGGACAGUAACAAAUCACGACUGUGCGUGCGCGCAAGCGACUAUCAUGCAAGCGCAAAACCAAAGCGCGUGCGGUAUAUGUUGAUGUGAUAGAGCGAACGAAAGGUUUACCGCACAAAGGACGUGCAGCGGUGAAGGUGGAUGCUCUCAGCAGGUAGGGGCGAUGCGGGUUCCUGGCCGGCAAUGUAGCCGCAUAAGCCAUUUUAGUGACGAACAUUGUUCUGUGAUACUGUGACUGUACGGCUAAGAUGGGCUAGGCUUCAUGCGUUACACGCUACGUAGCAUUCUUUAAAACGAACAAGUAAUUUAUUUCAAGAGAUAAUAAAGAGAGCUAUCGGAAUGUUGACCUGGUGCACUAUUCUCCUGUUGCCGGCAUUACUCCGAGCAGAAGCUCAGGGAGGGGCAUCGAGGCCGUUUGGCAACAUGCCAGCCGUGCCUAACAUCGCUCCGACACAAGUAACGGGAACGGCCGUAUUGAGAGACUUUCGCAUCACGGACGAAGAUCAAACGAGCGGCGUUCUAGAUGUCUCGACGCAGUGCGACCUGGCCCGAGAGGCAAUGUUCGUGACAAUCCGAUUUCGCAAUCGCUUUGAUGGAUUCCUGUACCCGAAGGGCUACUACCGGACGUGCAAGAUGAAAGCAAACAACGAGGCGGUCAUUGUACUAGAGGUCUCUCUGAAAGGCUGCGGCACGGACACAUUUGUCGAGAGGUCGGAGCAGGGCGAUGUGGUCUACUACGCCAAUACCAUCGUCAUCAUGCACCAGGCAGACGAACAGAUUCUUAGCCAUGACGACAGCGCCUACCGCACACUGUGCGCCUACAACGGAGCCGGAGAGAGAACUGUCACGUCGGCGCCUUACAACGUCAAAGAACCGCGGAUCACAAAUGGAAGACCUGGCAUGAUCAGGGCGCCCGCGUGCACAUUGAAGGUCGUCCCUGGCGUGGAGCCCAGUGUCGCGCCGGUAGACAGGACAUUCCGCCUCGGAGAGAUGGCGACACUGGUCGUGAUGCUGACUAACAACGCUAAUUUCGACUUGUUUGCGUCGAGAUGUUUCGCGCAUGACGGCAUGAACAGCUUUACAACAACUCUCGUUGACGAAAAUGGGUGUCCAAACAACGAAAUCGUUUUUCAUGGAGGUCUGAAAAAGAACGAAGUCGCCUUGCCAGGCAAGACAACUAUCUACGCCAACUUCCGCGUUUUCAAGUUUCCGGAUGUACCGAAUGUGUACUUCGAGUGCAUAUGCGAACUGUGCAUCAAUAAAUGCCAGCGAUCUCCUUGCGGGAAAGGUGUUGACGCAGCUAGAAUGGACAGUAGUAUGAAGCUGCUGACGCGCCCCUUGCGGGUUGACACGGCGCGAGAAAGCGUGCACGUCGGCAACGCGAAGCGUAAGCGCUCGACAGAGCCGGCCGACGAGCCGCUCAACGCGACGAGCAACGUCACUAGCGUCAACGUCUUCAACAGCAUCACCGUCGCCCUCGACGAAAAGAAACCGACGCGCAUGCCACGAGAAAUGGAUGACCACAAAGAGGUUUUCUUCGAUCCGCCUAGUUUCACCGAAACCCGUCAGGUGGCAGCAGCGAGCGUCGCUAGCGCCGGCGUGUGUAUAUCGAGGAUGUCGUUCGCCGCCGGGCUGUCGACAAUGGCCGUGCUGCUGCUGCUCGCCAUCACACUGGCCGCCGUGCUCUGGUCGAAGCUGUGCAGGUCGCGGCUCGGGUUCGCGACGUCGUUCGAUGACUCGCGCGUCGACUCACCGUUCGGCAACCUCUCCGAGAGCAUGCUGAUCGCCGGCGGCACACUGCGCUCGACCGUCAAGCCGUGCAGCGUCGGCAGCAUCCGCUCGCAGCUGUUCGUCGGCGACGGUGAGUAUUUCGCAGAUUGCGGCGCCGCCCUGCGGCCGGCACCCGCGUCGCUCGUCGCAAGUCGCAAGUCGGCGACGCUCGAGCACCCUAGGAAGGACGGCGCGACGUACAUCGCUGCCGAGCAGGGUAGCCUGUACGGUGGUUUGAGCGGCAUCGGUUGUACGCUGCCGCGCGCGGGACAGGCGGGGCCCGCGCGUCACAGGCACGCGUCCGACGCUGGCGGCGGCGGCGUCGUGCGCGGCGACGAGCUGUCGCGCUCGCGGGUCGGCAGUCUGCGUUCGCUGCACAGCAUCGGCAGCGUGCGCAAUCCGGCGCUGCUCGUGCAGCAGGUGCGCCAGCAGUCCGAUGCGGCGCCAGCGCAGCGGGGUGAAUUUAGCAGGCGACAGAUGGCGCUACCGGUCCGCAUCGCGACCGACGAGGCGACGGCGACGCGCUGCGAGAAGCGCGACAGCGGCGCGAGCGCCGAGGAGGGACGAGCUGUACGCUGA